AUGAUUAUCAGGCCGCAGUCCAUCAACAAGCGCAAGGAUUUGGCGUUUCCCUACUGUGAACUGAGACAUUGCCUGAGCAAAAGAAUCGGUUAUGUGGGAAGGGCCGGGCCCAACAACAACUCUGACGACAGUGAGCAUAAUUGUCACGCAAUUACCAAGCCCGUAUCCGACAUGGACAAGGAAAUCGCGGCAAUUAAUGAGUCAAAAGCGAAGUGUCAAGCCAUCACCGCACCAAGUAAGACCCAAGUGGUGGCUACAGGAGUGGAUAAUUAUAUUAUACACGCGGAUGACCGCUACGAACUAUAA